AAGUGUGCGCUCCCCGCUUUCCUCCCGCUCCCUUUUCCCCGCGUUCCCCGUGCGCAAACUUGUCGGCGAUAUAAACAGUAUAACCUCCGGCGUAUUCCGAGAUGAUCCCCAAAAGUCAGUAGAGAUGUUAACACAGCAGCACCCGUCGGCUGCAGUUUUCCAUCCUGCGACGUAGAGUCCCCCGCGCAGGUGACAUCGGCUGUCGGCGACAAAUAGUUCCUCCUGCAGCUAUGGAGCUCGUGCGGAGUCUCGUUGGCCGCAACCUGAAACGAUCGCUCCUGCGGACGCCCGUGACGGGCCUGCAGCACGUGCGAUGCGUCAGAUUGGCAGAAGUCGGCAAACUGGAGGCACCAAAGUUGCAGGGGAAAUACGAGACGGGUCAAUUGAUCCUGCACAGAGUCUUCGGUUACCGAGGCGUGAUUUUGUUUCCCUGGCUGGCGAGAGUGUACGACAGAGAUAUAUCUAGUAAGAAGAAUGAGAAGGAUAACAGCAUUGGUGAGAAAGAGGUGAAAGGCCGGACGCACACGUUUUAUCAAGUUUUGAUCGAUCAACGCGACUGUCCUUACAUCCGCGCUCAAACGGAGGCGGUUACUUUCCUGGGCAAUCAUGAGAGCAGUCGCAGCUUGUACGCUAUUCCAGGAUUGGACUAUGUCGCUCACGAGGACGUGUUGCCGUAUACCACCAACGAGAAAGCGGCGCUGCAGCACGAAUUGUUCGACAAGUUUCUCACCUAUCAUUCGGACAAGGAGCCGUGCUUCGUGGCGCAGGAGACUCUUCGCACAUGGCAGAAGAAGAAUCAUCCGUGGCUCGAGUUGUCGGACGUGCACAAGGAAACGACCGAGAACAUCCGCAUUACCGUUAUACCGUUCUAUAUGGGUUGCAGAGAGGGCCAAACCACUUCUGUGUACUGGUGGCGUUAUUGCAUCCGACUAGAAAACAUGGGUGAGUUGAGCGUGCAAUUGCGUGAGAGGCACUGGAGAAUAUUCAGUCUUUCGGGUACGUUGGAAACUGUUAGAGGAAGAGGCGUGGUCGGUCAGGAACCUGUGCUGUCGAAAGCUUUGCCUGCCUUUCAAUAUAGUAGUCACGUGAGCUUGCAAGCUCCUAGUGGUCACAUGUGGGGAACAUUUAGGAUGGAAAGGGAAGACGGAUACGCGUUCGAUUGUAGAAUACCACCGUUCUCCUUAGAAUCGAAAGCGGAGCCAUCCACCCCGACCGUAGAAAUCUAACUCAUCAAAAGAGAGAUUGAUAAUUAUAAGCAAUAAUUAGUUAGAUAAAUAUGUAACAAUUACUAGGUGACGAUGAUAUAUAGUUUCAAGUACAAUCGAUGUCGAUUUAAGCGUGAGUCUUGUGAUAACUUUUUGAAACUAAUUUCGCACAGACGGUUUCAAUAAAAAUUAUAAUGUAUA